AUGAAAACCGACCAGGAAUGGAAAGCUGUCUUAUCUCCGGAACAGUUCCGUGUGCUCAGACAACUGGGUACCGAGGCUCCUUUUACUGGCGAGUAUGUAAAAACUCCUGCCGGCGAAGGCGAAUAUCUUUGUGUGGGAUGUGAUCAGCCGCUUUACAAGGCCAAUACCAAAUUCCCUGCACACUGCGGAUGGCCGGCCUUUUACGAGGCAAUUCCCGGCUCGAUCAAGACAAUUGAAGACAAGCUGUUAGGCAUGACUCGGACGGAAAUGCGUUGCUCGAAAUGUGACGGUCAUCUCGGUCAUAUUUUCAAGGGUGAGGGAUACAAGACCCCGACUGACGAGAGACACUGUGUCAACAGCAUUUGCUUGAAGCUCAAGGAUUAG